GCCUAUUGCGUUUGUAUCGCUACUGCUCUCCUACAGACCAGCGGUCUCCUUCCUUCACCCACUAUCGUUACUGACGAAGAUGGCAAUUUAACGUGGGAGGAUCAGCAUCUGGACAUGAUCCGAAAAUGGGCUACAGCUGCCGAAUCCCUGAUUCACGGACGUGCAUCCGGUCUCGAUGCGGCCGUAUGCACUUACGAAAAACCCGACCGAUGUCGGAAGCACGCUGACGAGUUCUCGAAUAACGUCAUCACGGGCAUGCUGGUGUUCUGUGAUAAUCCGUUAAUGUUCCCCGAUGUGGUCGAAGGCAUUUUCACGUCAAUUGACGCUAUUUCACGAGAAGCAGCCAAGAUUCUGCAUCGACCACCAGAAGAGAAUGGCGAGACACUGGAUAAACUCGUGAACGGCGGCCAUGGCACGUCUGUGCCAGACAACGACCACCACUCGCUUCAGCCGAAUCGUGGCGGAAGCGUGCGUUCGUCGACGUUCUCCUCGUAUGUGGCUGGCGGCAAGCGUGGCAGUUCGGCUUCUGCCGUUUCCGCAACAUCAGAGAAAGGAGAACUCGUCGACACGUUCAGCAAGCUUAACGAUCUCUGUCGAAUAAACAAUCAGCUACUCAUUGGAUUGGGUGUCGGCCAUCCAAAAGUGGAUCAAAUUUGCACUACUCUAGCUAGAUAUGGUAUUCAUCCCAAAAUGACUGGUGCUGGUGGUGGCGGGUCCGUGUUUGCGUUCUUGAAACCAGACACACCACAAACGCUGCUGGACAUGAUCAGUGGCGAAUUAAUAAAGCUCGGCUACGAGGUAUGGCAACCGCCCUUGGGCGGCCCUGGAGUCAUUGAGCACCAAAGGCGGCCCGAUCUGUUUCUGACGCCGACGCCAUCGACAACGUGCUCCACCCCUGCGUCAAAGCAUAAG